GUAACUUUUAGAUUAGUGUUACAUUAUUGCUUGAAAUCAUCCCAAUUUUGUUUUAUUGUUUAUUUUUUUAAUCCCCUCUAUUCAGAAUAUGCAUGUAAUCAUAAUAAAGAGCAGUUUUAUUUAUAUUUUAGUAUUUAAUUUAAAAUUUCUUCAAUGCAUUACAUAGAUUUUAGUACUUGAAUUAUUAUUACUACUAUGUCUUUAAAACAAUUACCGCAUUCCACCAUCAAAUUAAUUAGCAGCGCACAGGUUAUUACCUCUGUAUCAUCAGUGGUAAAAGAGUUAAUUGAAAAUUCCAUAGAUGCUGGAGCAACCAACAUUGAAAUCAAAUUAGAGAAUCAUGGUCUGGAUAAAAUAGAAGUUAGAGAUAAUGGAAUAGGAGUAAAACGGGAAGAAGUUCAGUAUAUGUGUAAAAAAAGUUAUACAUCUAAAAUCAAAACUUUUGAUGAUUUAUAUAAAUUGUCUACUUAUGGCUUUAGGGGUGAAGCUUUGAAUUCUUUAUGUGCUCUAGCUACAGUUAGUAUAACGACUAUUUCAGAGGGUGAAGAUGUUGCUAUGGUCUAUGCAUUUGAUCAUGAAGGCAAUAUUAAAAGUAACAAAAUUUCGCAUAUUGUAAAAGGUACCACUAUAGUGGUUGAAAAUUUAUUUAAAAAUCUUCCUGUUAGGAAACAAUUCUUGACAAAUGGGAGGAGGAAAAUGGAUGAGAUAAAAAAAGUUGAACAGGUAGUUAAAACUUUAGCAGUUAUUCAUCCAAGAUUGAGAGCGGUUUUAACACACAACAAAUUUUGUAUAUGGCAAAAGAAUUGCGUUUCUACUUUGAGACAAUCCUUAGUUCAAAUAAUUGCUCCUACUAUCGUCAAACAACUGACUGAUAUCAAAUAUGAAAGUGAAACUAUAUCUUUUGAUUUAUUAGUACCAGCUAGAGCUUGUAAUAUCUCUAGUACUUGUUAUGGAAAUCCUGGUGAUGCAAUGUAUUUAUUUAUAAAUUUAAGACCUAUCAAAAACAAAAUGAUUGAGAAGAUAGUUCAGGAUGAAAUUUUUUCUUAUUUUGGUCAUGAGAUACCUUCAGGAAAGUAUCCUACAUGCUUGGUUUCUAUUAAGUUACCUCCUGAUAGUUUAGAUGUAAAUUUGGAACCAAAUAAAACUAGGGUCAUCAUAAAAGAUAUAGAAGAAACAGGAAACAUUCUUAAAAGAGAACUUGUUCUUUACUAUGUAGGACCCAUUGACACACCCAAAGAAUUUCAUGAUAUUAUAGAUGAAGAAAUAGAAAGAAAUUGCAUCAAAAGGAAAAAUGAUGAACAUGAAAAGGUCGGAAAGAAAUCAAAACUCGAAUCAAUUGAAAAAGUUGAAUACAUGACUGACGGAGAUGAUUUAGAUGACUGUAAUGCACCAGACUUAAUAAAUGAAAACAUUAAAAUAAUGACUGAAGAAGGUGGUCAUGCAAUUCAUGAAAGAAACUUUAACAAAAUAUCAGUUAUGGAAGGAAUAGUUGAAAUAAACAAUGAAAUCCCAGUUGAAACUGAAAUGCAGAAGCCACCAGUUACUGUAGCUGAUUUAGAAAAAAAUCAAUUAGUUGAUGCCGAAAGCACAAAUACGAAAAAUAUUAUUUUGAACAAAAAUUCAGAAAGUGGUAAUCAAGAUAUUAAUAUUGAUAAUAUAACCCUGUCUCAAUGGAGUAGAGGAGAUGUAUGCUUGGAUGGUGAUUUGAUAAAAAGUUCCACUGUGUUGUUGGAUUGCAAAACUGAUGAAAAGGAAAAAUUAAGUUAUUUUAAUAAUCAAGUUAAUUCUGAUUCGCCUCCAUUCAGCGAAUUGGGAGUUAAUAGCCAGAUUUCUACAGGUGAAAGGAGUGUAAGCAGUCAAAUGGGUUGUAAGGGCAUGGCGGGCUUUACGAAGUAUGCUUCAGAAGCAAUAAGUAAAAUUACUAAGGGUGGAGACGGUUCCAAUUUCACCAAGGUUGCUGGUGAAAUAGCAUCAAAAUGGAGAGAAAUGAAUGAUAUCGACAAAGAUAAUUAUCUUGAGAAAGCAAAAAAGAAACAGAAGGAAAAGGAGAAUAAAGAUAAUGCUCUAAUGAGAGAACGAUUACAGAAAUUUCUAGAAAAAUGUAAUGAAAAAAGAGCUCUAAAAAAGAAAACCUACCACACUGAAAUUGAUUUAGAUAUAAAUAUGGAAUCUUUAAAAAUAUCGGUAAAGGAAAGAAAGUCAGAAACAGAACUGGGAUUCAGAUUCUUGGGUGAAUUGAAUGAAGACUUAAAAUGUGUUGCAAUUGCAUAUGAUUUUUACGUUUUUAGUACAAGAAGGCUCCAGGAAGCAUUGUUGUUUUAUAAAAAUGUAAGAACUAUGAUAAUCCCUCUUAAGGUUCUUGAAUCAGGGAUUACAGUUAAAAAAGAUGAUUUAGGAGAAUCGCUAUGGUCAGUGUUGGUGGCCAUGGAGACAGCUAUCGAUGUGAAGUGUGGUGCUGUCAUUAUUUCUGAUGAAAGAAUUUCGAGGAAUGGCCUUAGAAUAGAACUUGUUAAAGAUGACCCAAAUGGAUGUAGCUUUUUAAUUACUGAUAUACCUUUGCAUAUUGCAUUUUUUGGACUGGAUGAUUUAAAAGAAAUCUUAAGUCUUAUUGAAACAUCAAACCCUGAACUGCCAUUGGAAGACUGUCGGCCAUUAAAAGUAUUAAGUUACAUCAGGGGAGAAACCAUUCGUUUCAUAAGCAAGAAUGAUGUUGACACAGAAAGUGACAGGAUUCUUGACGAAUUCAGAUACUGGCUUGAUAAUAUCAAACCAAAAUCAAAACGUUGCCCACAUCAAAAAGCUGUUUUUAAAAGAAUCGAUUUAAAAGAUUUCAUAUAAUGAUUUGAAUAAUUUAAAUUUGAUAAAUAUCUGUGCUCUCAGGAUUACUUACAUUUGUUUUGUAUAUAUUUGUUUAAAUGUAAUUUAUUUUAUAUUUAUUUAAUUGGUCUUCAUCUAUUAAAUGAAUAUUUCUCUGUUUUAA